GCUGGUCUGUGGUGACAGGAAGUGAACCGAGAUGGAGGCGAAGAUGCUGCUGCUGCUGCUCGCCACUCUGGGUCCGGGUCCAGCAGCCGGCAGCCAUCUUGGCUGCUCCAUGCCAGGCUCUCCGUGUGACAUCAGCAAAAACGCCGCCGCUGUCCAGCAGGCCGUCCUCGGCGCCGCCCACUCCUUCAACAGCCAAUCAAACGACGCCUUCCUGUUCAAACCGUCGGCCGUCAUCAGAGCGCAGCGACAGGUGGUCAGAGGGAUCCGGUACAUCGUGGACUUCCAGAUCUCCAGGACGGUUUGUCCCAAACGGAACCGGACCUCGGACCUGGACCGGUGCCACCUCCAGCCUCCGGGCCGGUUGGCCCAGACCUUCCGGUGUCACAUGGAUCUGUGCCUGACCCCCUGGAAGCCUGGGCGGGAAACCCUGGAGCUGCAGUGCAGAUCGCACCAACAGGAACCGGUUCUGAUCCGGACCGGUUCUGAUCAGGAUCCGGUUCUGUUUAAAUGAUGAGUGAAUAAAGAGUUACAGCAGA